GCGCACCCGCCCGCCCUCCCGCCGCCGGAAUGUGGGCGACGCUGUCCCGGCCCUGAGGCGGCUGCGCGGCCCCGCUGGGCUGGAGGCGGCGGCAGCGCGGGGAGGACGGCCCGGCUGCACCAGUGAGAGAUCGGGAGCAGCGUCGGGCCUGCUCGCCGGGUUUGGGAUUGUCAGGCAGCCUGUAUGGCCUUGAAGACUGCCUUUAAUACAAGCCUAUCUGUAAUACAGGAUGACUUUGUUUCUCGGCUAAAAAAAGUAUGAUUUAGCCUGCUCUUGAUUGUCUUCUUUCAAGUAGGUUCUGGUGGCAGGAGGAGAAUACUGACCUGUGAUGGAAGUCAAAACAUCAUUUAGCAGAGCCAGGAGGAUUCCUGAWACUGUAUCUACAUUAAUUAAUGAAGAAUUUGUUUUAGUUCAUCAGAAAUCUGAGGACACCUCUGGAAAAGAUGAAAAACCACAGCGAAAGGUAUUUUCAAAUGGAGAUGAGGAGUUGGAAAAGGCAAUGGAAGAGAUACUGCGGGAUUCUGAGAAAGACCAGAAUGUCACUGCACUCCAAGAAGGUUUUAGUCAUGGCAGUGGCAAGGCAGAUGUGGAAGGGUCAGCAGGACAAACAAACCAACCAUCUUUGCAGCUUGUUUUAGACCCWUCUACUACAGGCAAAAUCUCUGCACCAAGACAAUCUUCUCCCAGUGAACCCCUGGAAGAGGACAGCGUGUUGUUUAACAAACUGACUUACUUAGGUUGCACAAAGGUGUCAGCCCCACGGAAUGAACCAGAAGCUCUACAUGCCAUGGCAAACAUGAAAUCCUCAAGUCAAGCCCCUUUAGCUGUGACGCUCUACGUUCCAAACAUUCCAGAAGGCUCUGUACGAAUAAUAGAUCAGUUGAGCAAUGUGGAGAUAGCCUCGUUUCCCAUCUAUAAGGUGUUGUUUUGUGUGCGUGGGCAAAAUGGGACUUCAGAGAGUGACUGCUUUGCAUUUACUGAAAGUAGCUGUGGAACAGAAGAGUUCCAGAUCCAUGUUUUCUCCUGUGAGAUUAAAGAGGCUGUCAGCCGCAUUUURUAUAGUUUCUCCACAGCAUUCAAGCGUUCUUCCAAACAAGCAUCUGAUCAUGUGAAGGACUUUGUUCUUCCCACUCCAGAYAGUGAUGUGUACACUUUCAGUGUUUCCUUAGAAGUCAAAGAAGACGAUGGAAAAGGAAAUUUUAGCCCUGUGCCAAAGGAUAGAGAUAAAUUGUAUUUCAAGCUUAAACAGGGAAUUGAGAAGAAAGUGGUGAUCACAGUUCAGCAGCUCUCRAACAAAGAACUGGCCAUUGAAAGGUGCUUUGGGAUGUUGCUAAGCCCUGGAMGAAAUGUGAAGAACUGUGACAUGCAUUUACUAGACAUGGAAUCUAUGGGAAAAAGUUCUGAUGGGAAAGCUUAUGUCAUUACUGGAAUGUGGAAUCCUAAUGCACCCAUGUUUCUAGUACUUAAUGAGGAAACUCCUAAAGAUAAGCGUGUAUUCAUGACUGUGGCUGUGGACAUGGUUGUUACUGAAGUAGUAGAGCCAGUUCGGUUUUUGCUUGAGACUGUUGUGCGUGUGUAUCCUGCCAAUGAACGCUUCUGGUACUUCAGCAGGAAAACCUUCACAGAAACUUUUUAUAUGAAGCUAAAACUGUCUGAAGGAAAAAGCCACACAAGUGCUGGAGAUGCAAUUUAUGAAGUUGUCAGUCUGCAAAGAGAAUCUGCCAGAGAGGAAGAAUUACUCACCCCAACAAGUGGAGGAGGGCCUAUGUCAUCCCAGGAGGAUGAGGCAGAAGAAGAGAGUGAUAAUGAGCUCUCCAGUGGCACUGGUGAUGUGUCAAAGGAUUGUCCUGAGAAGAUUUUGUAUUCCUGGGGAGAGUUGCUGGGGAAAUGGCACAAUAACCUUGUUGUGAGACCAAAUGGAUUGUCCACUCUGGUCAAGAGUGGUGUUCCAGAAGCACUGAGGGCAGAGAUCUGGCAGCUGCUGGCAGGAUGCCAUGACAACCAGGCAAUGCUGGAUAAAUACAGAUUACUCAUCACAAUGGAUUCUGCUCAAGAGAGUGUCAUUAAACGAGAUAUCCAUCGUACAUAUCCAGCACAUGAUUAUUUCAAGGACACAGAAGGAGACGGUCAGGAAUCUCUGUACAAAAUCUGUAAGGUACAGUCAGUACUCUGAAUUUUAAAGCAUGUU